AUGUCGCCAAACACAACGAUUCGCACGCACUCUAUCGCGACAAUGGGAGCCGAUGGUAUCGGUCCGGAGGUCAUUAACGCAGGUGUCGAGGUAUUGAAAAAGUUGGCUCAAUUGGAUGGCACUUUCAAGCUACAAUUCGAGGAAUAUGACUGGAGUUCUGAAACAUACAAGAAAAAUGGACAGUAUAUUCCGGAUGGUGGGUUGGAGCAACUCAAAAAGCACGAUGCAAUUCUCUUUGGUGCCGUUGGCGCGCCAGACGUACCGGAUCAUAUCUCUCUUUGGGGCUUACGACUAGCUAUCUGUCAAACCUUCCAACAGUAUGCCAACGUCCGUCCCACAAAAAUCUUCCGUGGAACGUCUUCGCCUUUGCGCAACGCUGAGCACGGCGACUUGGACUGGGUUAUUGUGCGCGAGAACUCCGAAGGUGAGUAUGCUGGCCAGGGAGGUCGAUCCCACCGAGGUCAGCCAUGGGAAACUGCGACUGAAGUAUCCAUCUUCACACGCCAUGGUGUGGAACGGCUGAUCCGCUUCGCGUUUGAAACAGCACAACGGAGGCUAAGAAAGCACAUCACAAUUGUUACUAAAAGUAAUGCGCAACGCAACGGCAUGGUUAUGUGGGAUGAGAUUGCUGCUGAGGUGGCUAAGGACUUUCCUGAUGUGAAGAACGACAAGAUGCUCGUGGACGCUAUGACAUGUAGAAUGGUGCUGGACCCCAAGUCGUUGGAUACCAUUGUGGCGACGAACUUGCACGCGGACAUAUUGUCUGAUCUUGCGGCUGCCUUGGCUGGCUCCAUUGGUAUCGCUCCCACCAGCAACCUCGAUCCCACUCGCAAGAAUCCGUCCAUGUUCGAACCAAUCCAUGGUUCAGCAUUUGAUAUUACCGGAAAAGGCAUUGCAAACCCAGUAGGAACCUUCUGGACAGCAUCUGAGAUGCUAGCAUGGCUAGGCGAAGAAGAAGCUGCGAAGAAAUUGAUGGAGAGCGUCGAAACGAUCACAGAGCGCGGAAUUUCAACGCGCGAUCUAGGGGGGAAAGCAUCGACAAAAGAAGUCACUGAUGCAGUCUGUGAUGAGCUAGAGAGGAUAUACGACGGUGCUGGCGUGGGGAAGUGA